AUGGACUACAAAGAACAACAGGAGCAGGAGAUUGAAGCAUUAGAGGCCAUCUACCCGGAGGAAGAGCUCAGUUUCAUCAACAAUGAAUACCCGGAAAUCGAGCUGCGGAUAGAUCUAAAGUCGACGCAGGAUGAGGAAAAUCACGACGGGACCCCCGAAUUCUUGAUUUCGCUGAUCGCAGAGCUACCCGAAAAGUACCCCGACGAGCUGCCAAAGCUACGGCUCGAGGGCGUCGACGAUUUAUUUUCUGAAAAGCGGAUAGCUGAGGUGAUUAAUAAAUUGAAUACGGUCGCUGAGGAAACGCUCGGGAUGGUGAUGAUUUUCACCAUUGUGUCGGCAUUACAGGAUGAAAUCGGGGCCCUCAUCGAAGACUUGAAGAACCGCGCCGAGCAGGAGGCCGUCCGGCGGGAGAAGGAAGAAGUCGCAAAAACCGGCAAAAUUAUUGACGGUACUCCCGUCACGAAAGAAUCGUUUGCCGAAUGGAAGGCCGCUUUCGAUCAGGAACGCGCCGCGAUGCGGGAAAAGAAGAUUAAGGAACGCGAGGCUCAGCUGGCCGGCAAGCUGACCGGACGACAACUAUUCUUGGCGGACGCUACGCUUGGGAUGUCCGAUGUGGCCCUCAUCGAAGAUCCUCAAAACUUCGACAUCGAUAAGAGUCUGUUCGAUGGAGAGGAUUUGGAAGGACUGGACGACCUCUCUUCCGACGAGGAU